UUCCUUGUCCCACAUGCAUGUUACGCUCUGUGUGUCCGAUUUGGAUUGGUUUCUAACCUUUCUUGAGAGUUUCCCGAACUUGAGAUUACUCAUCCUGGAGUUAGAUGCUUACGAAGGAAUGCGUUCUGAGGAUAUGGAUCGUAUCACUUUUUCAUCUGUUGUUCCUGAAUGUCUGUUGUCAUCGCUCGAGUAUGUUGAUUUCAAUACCCAAAUCUUGGGGUAUGCUGCAGAAAUGAAGCUGGUAAAGUACUUCCUAGAGAAUUCUGAAGUCCUCAAGAAACUUACUCUGCAUGUGAACCAUGGUUCGAGAGACUCUGACAUUGCCAAGGAGCUCCUCAAAAUCCCUAGACGCUCUGCCUCUGCCACAUGGGAAGAUUGUAUCUGUGGAACUUGCAGAUUUCGUUCUAAUGGAUUUGUUGUGGAAUUGAAGCUCAUAAAGUACUUCCUUGAGAAUGCAGCUAUCCUCAAGAUACUCACUAAAGAAUCGCUGCCUCAGUUUCACUGCAUGUCCCGACUGUGUGUUACUCUCUGCGUAUCCGAUUUGAAAUGUUUACCAACCUUUCUUGAGAGCUGCCCGAACUUGAAAUCCCUUAUCCUGGCGUUAGAUGAAUCAAAUGAGCCUGUCGAUUUCGUUAUGAGUUAUAAAGAAAUGCAUUAUGAGGGGAUGAAUCAAAUGAGCUUUUCAUCUGUUCCUGAAUGUCUGUUAUCGUCGCUGGAGUUUGUCGAUUUCGAGUCCCCAAUCUCUGGAUAUGCUGCUGAAAUGAAGCUGGUAAAGUACUUCCUAGAGAAUACAACAAUCCUCAAGAUACUCACUCUGCGUGUGAACCAUGGUUCGAGAGACCAUGACUUCUCUAAGGAGCUCCUCAAAAUCCCAAGACGCUCUGCAACAUGUCAAAUCGUCGUCAUC